AUGGCUGUUAGUCCUGACUUGAAUGGGCACUUUCGUUCUAUGGAUUCUAUUUCUAUGGAUAAUAUUUCUUUUCGCGCUGUCAGUGAAUAGUUAAAGGCCUUUCGCAAAUUUCUAAAUACAAUCGUGGGAAAUACGUUUGGAAAGCAAAUGCUACUGCCUGAAAGAGAAGACUAAUUUGUCAGUAGAAGCUACCAUUUUUUCCCCUCAACAACGAACAGCACUGUUUUUCAAAGUAGUCAGGCCUAUCUUCAGACCAUCACCUGUACAGUGAGAAGCCUAGGCUACGCAUAUUCAUGCUAUCUAUCUUCAUCAUUGGGAAUCAGUAUGGCACACCGCUCUCAAUGUUCCUCAGCCGGGGAUAACCGCCUGGACCCCAACUACGUGCCUCCCCACUACCGCGAGGAGUACCGYCUGGCCAUUGACGCACUGGUGGAGGAUGACCUGGAGGGCUAUUAUGAAUUCCUCCAGAGUGCCGAUGUGGUGGACUUCCUUUCCAGACAGGAAAUUGAGCACAUUAAGUGCACAGUGAAAGUUCCGUACCAGAGRACUCAGCCUGAGCUCCCAUAUGUGGAGUCUGGGGGAGACGGCUCUUCAGACACAUACUGGCCCGUCCACUCUGACUUGGAUGCACCCGGUCUUGACCUUGGCUGGCCCGAACAGCAUCGCUUCAUAGGCCCCACCGAUGUCACCACACUGGUUAACCCCUCUGAGCCAGAUAUGCCAAGUAUCAAGGUGCAGGCUCGUCGACUUAUCAAGAAUGCUCAACAAGUGAUCGCUGUGGUAAUGGACACCUUUACAGAUGUGGACAUCUUUGCMGAUAUUCUGGAUGCUGCCAUGCGAAAUGUUGCCGUGUAUAUCAUUCUGGAUGAACAGAAUGCACACCACUUCACUAGCAUGGCUUCCAACUGCCGGGUCGAUCUGGAAAACAUUCAAUUCAUGCGUGUCAGAACUGUGUCAGGGGUCACCUAUCACUGUCGCUCUGGGAAGACCUUCACGGGUCAGAUGAUGGAUCGCUUCUUGCUGACAGACUGCAGYGCAGUCCUGAGUGGAAACUAUAGCUUCAUGUGGUCUUUUGAGAAGCUUCACCGUUGCAUGGCUCACCUCUUCCUUGGACAGCUUGUGACUACUUUUGAUGAGGAGUUCCGGAUCCUGUUUGCACAGUCCCAACCUUUGGUACCGGAAAAUGUCCUUGUUCCAAUGCCACACUACAGCAGUUUAUCUGACAGCCAAUACAGCAGUGAUCGGACACUAUUGUUCAGAGAUCCCAGAAAGUUCCUCCCCAUAGAGAGCUCUCGUCCUGAAGAAUGGGCUAGACAUUCCUCUGAUGACCGCAUGGAUAUGGUUCAGAAAAUGAUGCCUCCUGGAAGGUGUGAGCCCAUCCACAGUUCACUAGAUCAGGGUCCACUAGAUAUGUACAGCAACAAGUACUCCUCCCAGCAAUUUAAAAUGGAGCAGCAGUCUUUUAUGGCACAAGGUCAGCCCGUGAUGCAGUCAAACACAAUGGAGUUUGCUGGCUCUAAAAGGCACAGUUAUGCAGAGGGCACUUAUGCCAGACAUUCCUCCUCUCCAUUCAUGCAGCACCAAGCCAUUCACAGCGUUGAGGGGGAUAUGGCAACCCAGAACAGGAAGAUACAUAGGGAACAGCAUCACUAUCAGAGAACAGGGCUAGAACCAGGUUAUAGCGGCUACGAUCAAUUCAGGGACCAAGGGUACCCUCUGAUGGAUCAGUAUUCGGAGUCUGGGUACCUACAUGGACUAGCGAUAGAGCCACCAGACAACUAUGACCCUGUACUGAAUUAUUUGUCAUCAUCAAACCUUGCUGUGGAGCUGGGACAUGGCUCAAACAAAUUAUCAAGUCCAGGAGAGGGUCCCUUUAGUCAGUCAAACCCCAAAAGACUGAGCACGGGCCAGCCUCAUGCCUGUCAGACCUCCCCAACACAACAAACAUUUGAACAGAAAUCCUUUUUUGUCAAGUCUGGUUCGGACUGUAAAACACAGGAUCCCAGUGCAAAGCAGGGGAUGCGAGAUUGGAGGAUCAGCUCAUACCUCAGUGCAUAUGAUGAUGCAGGAGAGGAAGACAUUCCACAGCCUAUGGGAAAUGACCCCUUUCAAGAGCCCCUUAAUCCAUCACAAGGCAAAUUAUUUGCUCCACUGGUAUCAGAUCCCAGGUUUAGUGCCAAAGAGUUACCCAAGAUUCCAGGGCUCAGAUUAAACAAGCCCAUCUGCCCAGAACACUCAAGAACACUAGAAAUGCUUGUUAGCUUAGCAACAGAUGCCCAAACAACACUAACACCACCUUCGGAGUCGUCAUCAACCACUGAAGGUGACAAAUCAGAGGAGAUGGAUGUAAAAGAGCCCAAAAGAGAAGAGUCAUUCCGUAGGAGGUUCAAUCCUGCUAUCCAAAGGACCUCUAGACUAAGAUCCUCACUAAUCUUCAGCUCACAACUAGAACAGCAUAUCUCACAGGAACAGAAAUUUAACUCUGGCCAACACUGUGAGGAAACUGCCAAUGAGGAAGAUGACCAAUCUAGAUUAUCCUUGACCGCUCAGGUUUUGGGAAAAAGAAGAUCCAUGACAAGAGAACCUUUUGAAUGGAGACUUAAGUCCGCGACAGUUGAUAAUUCAACCAUAGAGUCUUUGAAAUCUGAGGACAUCACUACUGAUUCAGGUGAUAAGGAAUUGACAAAGUAUCUUCCUGUGAGCACGGACAAGGUUUCUUCAAUGGAACAACCCAYUCCUGCCCAUGAAGAACAAACCAAAACGGUACAAUCUGCACAUCCAUCCAAACCUGCUCAAGUUGAGAAACCCAAAACCGUACAAUCAGCACACCAGGCAUCUUCAUUGAGCAAUAAAUCCUAUAUAGAUAUGAAUGAUCCAGACAGUAGGUUAUUUUUUUUUAAAGAGUUGGCUGCCAAACGAAAAGCUGCAAAGGCUGCAGAGUCUGAGAGRAGCGCUGCAAAAGCUCCUGUAAAACCAGUGACUCCAUUUGACUUGAAAAUUAAGGAACCAGUCACAAGGAUAGAACCUAACCUUCCAAUAGCCACACUAAAUCCAGCAGAUACUUCAACCAGUAAGCCAGUUCCAUCAACAGAGCCACCUCCUAAUCCAUCAGAUACUUCCAACAAAAAAKCAACAACAUCGACAGAAGCCCCACUUUAUCCAGCAGAUACUUCAAUAAAAAAGACAGCUACAUCAACAGAAGCAUCAUCAGAAKCACUGGAGACUUCACCAGUGUUACAGGAGAACAAAACAUCCAUGGCAAAAUGUGGCUCAUUACUUGAUGUCAAAGAACACGCUUCUAAAAAUAAAGAACAGCAAGACCUWCAACUUCCCAGAAGUGACUCCAAAACAUUCCUCAGGGAUAAAUUAUCUUGUGUCGAUGGACUACUUAGAGUCUCUACUGAUACUGAGAAGAUUGAGCUGAAGAACAGUCGGAACCAAAGUGUGUCUAAGGUUAACCCUGGAGAUACAAGUACAUUUCUUAAGAGCACCUCAAAAGAGUGUACCUUUAACAUCGCCCCAAAGGAUUUCAGUUUAUAUAAACUAUCUCCAAAGAAACCAAAGUCAUUCAAUCCUGCUUCAAAUGAGCUAAACCCAUCUCUUCCACUCACACUAACAGAAGCUAGCUCAUCUUCAUAUCCGACACCAAAAGGUUUAAGCUCAACUAGUCUCACUUCAUCAAAAAAUGCAGCAACGGAAUUGAGCUCAGCCCUUACCCCCACCCUUAAGGAGCCCAGUUCAUCUAUCCCCAUGUCAAAGCAGCCAUUACCAUUUUCUAAACCUAUCACAGUAGAGUACAACAUACCUCUGAGCCCCACCCAAUCUGAGCCAGGUGUGUCUCAUAAGCAGGACAAAACAGAUUCCAAGGAAUCUCUCAGCCCUACCUCAAUGCAAUCUUGCUCAUCCUCAAUCCCUGCAACAGAAUUUAGCCCUCCGCCAAACCCUACCCAAACAGAAUCUAGUUUCUUACCCAAGUCCACCUUAGUUGGGUCCAUUUCAUCAACACCAAUGGAAUCUAACACCUCUCCCAAGCCCUCCACAAAGGAGUCAUUGUCUGCAAUUGCCACAACUGAGUUGAYGUCAUCCUCUCCUAAGACCAACCCAAUAAAAUCCUAUUCRUCCCCUUGUCCUGGCCAACAUGAGUCAGUUUUGUCACUCAAACGUUCCAAAACAGCAUGCAACUCCUCUCCAAUGCCCGCUACGGUGUCCAAUGACUCUUACAACUCUUCACCUCRAUCUUCAAAGCAUGUCAUGGAAGAAACCAACAAAUCUCCCAUCCUCACACCAACAAAAUCUAMCUCUCCUCCCGAGCCUACCCCAACAGAAUCUAGUGCUUCUACCAAUCCAACACCAAGAGAACUCAACCCUCUUCCUCGCACCACCCCAACAGAACCAAGUGCAUCUACUGGCCUUACCCUAACAGAAUCAAGUGCAUCUUCUAACCCAACCCCAACAAAAUCACACUCCUCCCUUACAUGUGGGUCAGGUGGAUCAGUUGUGUGUCCCAAGCCUGGCCAAACAAAGUCCAGAACUUCUCCAAACAAAUCUUGUUCCGCUCCUAAUCAUACCCUAACUGAACCGACCUCGCCAUUCAACCCUGUCCUUGUGGAAUCCYUCCCAUCAAGCAACUCAAACCCAUCUGAAUCCACUGCCUCUCAUGACACUGCCCCGGCUCCACCCGUCGUUGUGGAUAACAGUAAGGAGGGCAAACCAAGUAAACUUAACAAGGAGCAAAAAGCGGGAAGUUCUGCAGCUUCUAAAGGUGAGAAGAUAGCAGGUGAUCCUGAAACUAAGAGCAAAACUGCUCCUGGAGAAUCUGCCUCCCAUGGACCGCAGAGUCCUGAUGAGACCAAAGAGAAWAACAGCACUAUGAAACCAGAGAGCACAACAGAUCAAAGCAAUCCCAUAUCACCCCCAGUGAAGCAACCUAAAGUAAGCCAGUCCCACUACCAUUCAUCUACUGCCAAUGUACUCUCUAGCAGCAACCUAAGAGAUGACACAAAGCUUCUAUUAGAGCAGAUUUCUGCUAACAGCCAGAGCAGGACKGAACUCACUAAAGAAUCUGCUGUCACUGAUGAUGCCAAACAGGAUGAGGCUGACCGGGGUGUUAGCGGUAGGGAGGAAGCAUCAGCCCGACGACAGAUCGGAGGCCCGGUUAGAACUUCGCAGGAGAGGGAGAAGCUUCUUCAGYGAAUCGAUAGCAUGCGGAAGGGGAGGAAAGUCUACAGCCGCUUUGAGGUGGCGCCUUAACCAGGGAUCGGAAGGAUGAGUGAGUACGGAGAAAGACCAUUGCACAUUUUCCUCUAGAACUUGUCCUUUAACUAUGUCCAUUCCAAAAAGUCUAAAACCACAGGUCGGAGAAGGAUCYCUAGCUAACCAACAUAAAUAUUAUUCUCAGGUUUCUAUAUUAGAGGGUUUCUCCGAAUGGACUAUAUGCAUGUAAAGCAUUAAGGAUUUUGGGAACAAAAACRUGACUAAGUUUACCAACAUGGAUUUCUGUGUAAAUAAGCAGAGACUCUACAGUGUGGACAAUGGACCACUGCUAUCUACAAAGGGGAACUGACACAUCCAAUCUCAUCAGCUAAAUGCACAACUAAAUGUGAAAUAUAUUUGAAAAUGAUUGUGUUCCAAGACACACUGGACGCACUGGUAUUGUUGACUGCAAUGUAAUAUCUGUCGCUCUCUGGGUUGUUUAAUUAUCAUCUGUUUGAGAAUCUGUUUUAUAUACUAACAAUCAUUUCCAAAUAAUACAAUUAGAAUCACCAUAGAAAAUGUAUUAAUCAUAAACAGUGCAAGAAUAGCCUUCAAAUAGUUGGAGCACUUUUUUCAUUUGGAAUGCUUUAUUCGAAUUAUUKAAUCAGAAUGACAGUGUGCUAGAUAAACCAAAUGUAUGCAUGAAUAAUCAUGUGUAUUUGCACAAAAAAUMUGUGUGUAUAUAUACAGUAUAUAUGUAAUACUGUGAUUUUAAUGCCACGGGACAUUAUGUCCCUUUUUUAAAGGGGCWAUCUYUGAUUGCUACAUCCAUUUUGGACUUUUAAAUMAAUUAUACACUACCGGUCAAAUGUUUUAGAUCACCUACUCAG